CUGGAAACAAAGCGGACGCUCAGAAACUGGAGAUGUCGUCAUGUGAGUGUUUCGCUUGCAAAGUGUGGGACACGAAAGACCUGGUAUUUUCCUGUUGCUUAACUUUUUAAAAACAUUCAGUUUUUUUCUGGUCUGUUUGUUUAUUUUUUUAUUUAUAAACUUUUUUUUUUUCAAAUAUCAUAAUUCAGAACAAUAUCGGACACUUUGUCCGUAUAUCGGGAAUAACCUGUACUUAUUAUCAAAAUUAAUUUAGAGUAGUUAAAGAAAAAUAUUAUGUGGGUUUAUUUUGUUUUUUUUUAUUAUUCUGCAGAGUCUAAUUGAAAGCUUAGACGAAGGCUGGAGUUAAUUUAUUUGAAUACUGUGUGGAUUUGUUUAACCGAGUAUACCUGCUGAAAGGGCGAAUGAUCUACUUUUCUCUGUCAUUAUAAAUAUUAAUGAAGCAAUCGUUAACCUGCUUGUAUUAAAGUCGGGCAUAUUCUUUCCAAGUUGUCUUUUUCACAACUUGCGAAAGUUCUCUCAGGACAUUUUUUGCAAAGAUAAUAAUGAAUAUUCACAGACAACGACCAGCUUCCUUAAACCCAUAUUAAACGGGGGCGUCGCCGCGCUGGUAUUGAAGGAGAAACUCGAGGGUUUGGCGAAUCGGUACUCCAGGAACUUUCAGAUCUCUUCAGCCAUUAUCCUCACCAAGAAAUCUGACCAUGGAACCGUCAGCAGGGAAUCUACUUUUCUUCCUAACUCUUUUUCUCUUUGAUGUGCAGAUCAGCAGCCAGGUGUGUGUGGAUAUCCCGUCAGACACAGAGGCCGUCCUGGGUCACGCCAUGAGGCUCACCUGCAUCUCCUGCAUGAAGAGAGAGGAGAUCAGUGCCAAGACACGGGUGGACUGGUAUUAUGUGACGGAGGCUAACAAAAGGAUUCCGAUCUACGCGUUCGAUGGGCUGCCGCAGGAAAUCGACGGGCUGUGGAAGGGCCGACUGAUGUGGAACGGCAGCAAAGACUUACAGGACCUGUCCAUCAACAUCCUGAGGGUCACGCCCAAUGACACGGGCACGUAUGUGUGCGAGGUGCUGCGCCAGUUCCAAUUCAACUCCUACACGCCCUCCUUCACCUACAGCAAGGUCAUCCAUCUGGUCGUGAGUGAGGAAGUCAGUCGGAACCUGAUGGCAGUGUACUCGGAGUACGUCAUGUACGCCCUGCUGAUGUUCCUGAGUCUCUGGCUGCUGGUGGAGAUGGUCUACUGCUACAGAAAGGUCUCCAAGGCCGACGCUCGUGGGCGGAACAAUGCGUAUUGAUUCUUACCUAUAGCUGGAAAUGGGAUUCAAGUCCAAGCCGUGAUCUUCCACAGCCCAACCAGGUCUUUUGCUAACUGGCGCUCAGCAGAACCGGUGUGACGACUCAGCUCUUAUGGCACUCGACUGUUGAUUGGAUGAAUUGGGGGAAACCUAACUGGCCAUUCACAGACAGAACCUAAGCCCAGAACCAAAUGUAACUAACAGUUCCUCUGUAGAAAGUUCAAAGUACAAAGUUAGGAAGAAUCAUGUGUGGGGGGGGGGGAACCAAAACUCACUCAGUCGUGUUGUAAUCCGAUAAAAAUAAACUCAGUACUUCCACAGAAAUUGACUUGAUAAAAUUAGCCCAUGGACUGAGUUACUUCUGGACAGUUAAUCACAUCAACAAGAAAACCCUUGUGAAUCUGAAGUCAUAUGUAUGUAAUAUUGAGUCAUGCACAUUUUUUUUACACAAAAUAUUUUAAAUGUUGUACUAGUACAAGCCCAGAAAGAACCAAUUUUACAUGCUGCCAAAGAAAGGAGUUGUAACUGAACGCCAGUAAAAAACUCAGUGCUCAAUUCCACACUUCAUAGUGUAGCUGUCUUCCAGGAAGCAGGACUGCGUAAACCUUGCAGGUUGUAAAUGGUCUUGAUAUUAUUUAAAAGAUAUUAUUUAAAAACUGUGUGUGUGUGUGUGAGAGAGAGAGAGAGAGAGAGAGAGAGAGAGAGAGAUAGACAAUAGGGAAGUGCUGUUACCUUUAUGAAUGUAGCAAUUUGGAAUUUGGACAGGUGUUUCUCAACUCAGUCCCCGAGAGCUGGGAGGAAGCAAAAAUAUGGACUGUCUCACAGGGAGUUGGGGGGAGGGGGCAAAAACAUGGACUGUCCGGGGGUCCCUGAGGACCGGGUUGGGAAACACUGAUUUAGAGGGACUUCAUCCGGGGACAGGAGUGCUUUUCCAUUUCCUGGUCUUAGUAGUGAGGUUAAAUUAGGCCCAAGAGACAAAUGAGAGACUUAAAGUUGGAGAGUAUACAAUGUGGGCUAAGUCAUCUGCUCGUAUCCAUCCAGAUCAAAGCUCUCCUGUGUGCAGAGAGAUUCUGCUGUCCUGCUGCAAGAAACAGUUAUUUAUUAUGUAAUAUCACCUCAGGUUCAAGGCCCUUACCUUAUCUGGUACACUAUAUAAUAUUUACCGUGUAUUAUAAAUAUUUCAAUAUAUGUUAUAUAUAUGUUAUGUGAAUAAAAUUUUGCUACAAUUA